AUGAAUACUUCUGGAGACCUUAGAACAUUAAUAGACGUGGGAGAAAUUAAGGCAUACAGCUAUGAUGAUUUCUCAAAUAUUCAAAUGAUCAACAAAGGAGGUUAUGGAGUAGUUUAUUCUGCAACGCUCAAAUCUAAGGGAAUAACUAUCGCAUUGAAGAAAUUAUUUGCCAAUUUACAUUCCGAUAAAAAGGCCUUUAAAGAAUUUGUAAAGGAGGUGCAACUUCUCCGUAAAGUGGAUCAUCACCCUAUACGCGAAAUUUUCCUAAAUAUACCUAGCGGUCUUCGUGAAGAUCCAAAUCCUGCUGAUAAAAAAUUCGACGAAUAUAUUCUUAAAACCGAACAACGCAUUUCUGGUUCAAAUGCAAAUAUUGCAAAUCUGCUCCAAGAGUUCAUAAACCUGUAUAUUAAGGAUAUGGUUACUAAUUCUGAUGAUACUGUAAAUGACACAAUUUUAGCAUAUUUUUAUAUGCAAGAGUUUGGAACAAUUAAAGACUAUAAGGAAUGUUUAUCUUGGUGUAAAAAAGGUUGUGAGAAAAAGGAUAUUUAUUCUUAUUAUGAAGCUGCAUUUUGUCAUAGAUACAGUCUUGGUACUUCUGAGGAUUAUAACGAAGCUUUUUGCUAUUUUAACCUAGCGGCAAGUGGCGGAAUUUUAAAGGCAAAACGUGAGCUUGCCAUUAUGCAUAUGAAUGGAAUGGGUUGCGAAGAAAAUGAAGUUAAGGCGUUUUAUUUAUUUAAAGAGGCCGGUGAACAAGAUAAAAUAGCAUUUUGUAUGGUUAGUGAUUGCUAUUAUGACGGCGUUGGAAUAGAAAUAAAUUUAAUUGAAGCUUUAAAUUAUUACAAAAUUUGUUGGAAAAAAUGGAAAUACCCAAAUGCAAUAAUACGAAUACCUUUAAUAGAAAAAAAACUG